AGCCCCUCAGAGGGGAGCAAGGCCGUGCUGGACAUACCCAAGCCCAUCAGCCCUGAGAUCCUGAGUGAGACUGAGCCUGUGAUUCCAUCUGAGCAACAGGUGAUGGAACAGGGAGACCAGGAACAAAGCAGGGCUGCAGAAAUGCAAGGAACACCAACAGGGACAGAGAGCCCGGUGCCUGCCCCACAGAGCCCCUCAGAGGGCAGCCAGUCCCUGCUGGACACAGACCAGCAAAUCCCCACUGAGACCCCGAGCAAGGCUGAGCCUGUGAUCCAGGGAUCCAGCCAGGAGCUGAUGGAACAGGGAGACCAGGAACAAACCAGGGCUGCAGAAAUGCAAAUAACACCAACAGGGACAGAGAGCCCGGUCCCUGCCCCACAGAGCCCCUCAGAGGGCAGCCAGGCCGUGCUGGACAUGGCCGAGCUCAUCACCACUGACAUCCUGAGGAAGGCUGAGCUUGAGAUGCAGGGAUCCAGCCAGGAGCUGGAGGAACAAGGAGACCUGGAACAAAGCACAGCUGCAGUCUUGGAAACAGUUCCAGCAGAAGAAAGCAGAGAGAGCCUGGUGUCUGCCCCACACAGCCCCUGCUCCACUGCCAGCCCCUUGGCUUCCAGCCUGGAAGUCCUGGUGGCCAGUGAGCAGCAGGAGGACACAGAGGGGAGGUCAGUGCUGUCACUGCUGUCUGUGCAAGAGACUGAGGAGGGGACCUCGGCUGGGGAGGAGGAGUGGAAAUCAUUCCCAGAGCAAGGGGAAGAGGUCAGAGAGCCAGAGCUGUCCCCGUGGGAAGAGGACAUCCCCUCCAAUCUCUCUGAGGAGGCCUUGGGCCCAGGGAAGCAGGAGAACCCCCAGGCUGUUGCCCAGGAGGGGCCCAGCUCUGCCAGCAGCGUGGGCACACAGGUGGCAGCAGAGGCAGCCCGUGAGCUGCCCAGCCCAGCUCCUGCCCCGCUGACUCCCACGGAGGCCGAGCCGGCAGCUGCUGCCCCGGCCGGAGCUGCUGAGGAGGAGGAGCCCCAGGGGCCUCUGGCUCCUGAGGAGCCAAAGGCAGAAGGUUCUGCAGCCUCUGGGGAGCUGGUGCCAUCAGCAGGGACACAGAGCCCGGUGCCUGCCCCACAGAGCCCCUCAGAGGGCAGCCAGGCCCUGCUGGACACAGACCAGUCCAGCAGCAGUGAAUUCCUCAGCAAGGCUAAGCUGAAGAUCCAGGGAUCCGGCCGCGAGCGGGUGGAACAGGGAGACCUGGAAGAAAGCACGGACACAGAAACAGGAACAGCAAUUACAGCAGACGGGGAAGGGAGCCCAGUCCCUGCCCCACAGAGCCCCUCAGAGGGCAGCCAGACCCUCCUGAACAUGGCCGAGCUCAUCACUAAUGAGAUCCUGAGCCAGGCUGAGGUUGAUAUCCAGGGAUCUGAGCAGCAGAUGAUGGAACAGGGAGACCUGGAAGAAAGCACGGACACAGAAACAGCAACAGCCAUUACAGCAGAUGGGGAAGGGAGCCCGGUCCCUGCCCCACAGAGCCCCUGCAGCCCCCCCAGCUCCUCAGCUGCCAGCCUGGAAGGCCAGGCUCUCAGGGAGCAGCAGGAGGAGGCAGAGAGGGGGUCAUUCCUGUUGAAAUUUGCCGCCUAUGGGCGGUAUGGUUAA